AGAAGAAGAAGCCGGCCGGCGGUGGAGGAGGCGGUGGGCGUCAAUCCUCUCAAUCCGAGGUAUAGCGAGUACGACCCCAAGCAGAGGGAGUACGUGUACACCCGCUUCUGCUUCGAUCCCAGGCUCGAUCUCGACAAGGAGUCCCCUUAUGGCCCAAUGCGCCAUACUCACAAAACCUUCGGAGAGGGAUUCCCGUUGUUUCACUCAGCAAAUAUUCUCUCAGUCAAGAUUGUUUCUUCUGACUAUGGCUACCCACUUAAUGUCUAUGGUACGGUAAUAGCCAGGGAUGAUUUGGAUCGCAAAUGUGUCUAUUUAUUCCGGCGCGACAAGGACAAUCACCAGUUCAUCACCUCAGAGGACAAUUCAUUGGUUUUGACUGGUCCAAAGAGAGGACUUGCGGUCUGUGGUUCGCUAUUCUUUGAAAUCAAUCUGAAGGUUAAGGAUGUGCAUGGGAGGGAGGUCAAGGAUGAAAGGCUCAGCAAAGGCAUGCUGGAUAUUAAUGGCAUCACAAGACAGACAUCAAACUUCAAAUAUGGGGUCGAAACAGGCACGCUUGUCAGCAUGCACAGCACAUUGGAGAUGAACUUUGCAUUUGUUAGGGACGCGGUCGAGGGCACUGUCGAGAUCAGGAUCCUUGAGGGUCCUGUUGAUUUCCAUGGCAAGAUCAUUGCUACCCCCACCAGAGUUCCAUGUGAAAUUGUGCUACAUGAUAGCAGAGUGAAUGGCUUGCUCACUGCCGGCGAUGAUCAAGUCAUGCGAACAGCGCGCCGCGUGGUAUGUGUAUCUGUAGGUGAGAUGCUCCUGGUGACUGUUGCUCCUGAAGGUGGCGAUGAGCUCUCACCCCACACCGUUAGGUUUGCUUCAAAGCUCAACGGUUAUGCCGCCGAGAACAUGAUGUGUGGUAACUAUAAGAUGCAAGUGAAGGUCACUUGGUCGAUUGUGAUGUAAUUCCUGGUUUACUAGUUGUGGUAUGUAUGUCAGGUUUUAGAUCCUUGGAUAACUUGCAGCAUCACUGUGGAAAAAGACGUCUGAGUAAUGAAUGUAGUCUCUGAAUCUGGAAAGCUGGGGAUCAUAUAUGACCAUGGUUUAAUUGGUACAAUCCAUAACCGGUGGAAAACCAGAUGCCUGUCUCCACAUCAGAAGCUACUGUCUUGCCCAGCAGUUUCCAUCCUUGAUUCACAUUUAUGCCAAGAACCUCUUCUUUGAGUAGUAGGAUAAUGCUUGCUAUCUCGGGUGCAUGGUAAUCACUGAAACUUCUGCAUUGGUCUGUCUGUGUGCUUCCAUACUGGAUGCUUCCUACUACUGCUACAUACAAUUGACCAUUGCUUGAUUUAUUUACUUAUAUUGUUCUUUGCUAUGCUAUAUCCUGAACGAGCGAGUCAUUCUGCUGGUCCAGAUGGACCGCAUCAUGAGACCUCGCGGCACGCCAUUGUCAGAGACGAAGUUGCUGUCAUAGACCAUAUCAAGAAGCUUAUACGGGCCGGCGCUGAGAUGGGAUGACUGAUCAUCCGGCUCCGAGGUGAAACCUAACUAAGAAAGGCGCGCUCUCGUCAGGCGAUGGAAGAAAGAGUCUUGAACUCUUGAUCGUCAGGAAAAAAGCUAUGGCAUGCAAAAUGGUUCAUGUUCUGAUCUUAUUCAGCUGCUGAUUUCAAAAAUCCUAGGUGUUUUUCUUAAUUUCCAAAAUCCUAGCACUUUGGCUAUCCUUUCUCGGCAGUUUUGUGCCUGUGAUGGAAUGUUUUUGUGUC